CAGGGAUAAGUUGAAAGGAGGGGCUGGGAGAGGAGAAGAAGGAAGGAAAGGUGCCCAAAACUGAUUCUGAGUCUGCAGCAAGCUGAUUUUCUACUUUGGACUGGCCCCGCUCUGGACUCUAAGUCCUUCAGCCUGCCUGGGACUGAAUGGUCCAGGCAGACCAAAGGUCCACUCCUGGGUGACUCCUCCUAGAGAGAGAUAACCAGCUGUUCAGCCUCUCCAGGAUCCAGCUUCCGCUCUGCCCCGCGGUCUGAAUCCUCGCAGAGCUCUGGAAGACUCGACUCCUGUAGCCAGUCCAGAGGGAUCUACACCGAGAGGCUUAGAAGUAUAAGCCAGGGCUGACAAGGAGACACACAGACUCUUAUGAAGGUACAAUAAGCAGAAGCUACCAUGGAGAAUCACAUCACGCAGAUUUCCAGAGAGGAUCUGGAUGAUCUCCGAGAUGCCUUUAAUAAAAUUGAUAUUGAUAACAGCGGCUACGUAAGUGACUUUGAGCUCCAGGAGCUGUUCAGGGAGGCGAGUUUCUCUCUGCCGGGGUACAAGGUGCGACAGAUCAUGGAGACCUUCAUCGCCGGGGACACCAACAAAGACGAGAAGAUCAGCUUUGAGGAAUUUGUCGGUAUCUAUCAGGAGCUGAAGAGUAAGGAGUUCAGCGAGACGUUUAAGAAAACCAUCACAAGGAAAGAUGGCAUCCGCUCCUUCGGAGGAAUGUCAGGGAACUCCAGCGAGGGAACGCAGCAUUCCUAUUCAGUUGAGGAGAAAGUGGCAUUUGUCAACUGGAUUAACAAAGCCUUGGCGAAAGAUCCAGACUGCCAACAUCUGCUUCCCAUGAACCCAGACGAUGACAGCCUCUUCCGCUCUGUCCGUGAUGGCAUCCUGUUAUGCAAAAUGAUCAACCUGUCUCAGCCUGACACGAUUGACGAAAGAGUCAUCAACACUAAGAAACUUGCCACCUUCAAAAUGACAGAGAAUCUGGUCCUGGCUCUGAACUCCGCCUCAGCAAUCGGGUGCAUGGUGGUGAGCAUUGAUGCCCAUGAUCUGAUGGCCGGGAAACCUCAUCUGGUCCUGGGACUGUUCUGGCAGAUUAUCAAGGUUGGCCUCUUUGCUGAUAUAGAAAUCAGCAGGAACGAAGGUCUGAUUGCCCUUUUGGAGGAAGGGGAAGAGCUGGAACAUCUGAUGUCUCUCUCCCCAGAGGAGCUGCUGCUCCGUUGGGUCAACUUCCACCUACGCAAUGCAGGAACGGAGACCAUCAACAACUUCAGUGAAGAUAUUAAGGACUCGCGAGCCUACUUCUACCUGUUGGACCAGGUCGCUCUCCAAGAAGAGGACAACUUCAAAAUGAAAGUCAAAAUUGAUAUCAGCGGCCUCAGUGAGCCUGAUUUGAACCAAAGGGCCGAGCUAAUGCUGCAACAGGCGGCCCUGUUGGACUGCAGACAGUUUGUUUCUCCUCACGACGUCACGUCCGGAAACAGCAAACUUAACUUGGCUUUCGUAGCAAACCUGUUUAACAUGCACCCUCUGCAGAAGUCUCACAUCAGCGACAUGUACGCCUCACACAUAGAGGCCGAGACCAGAGAAGAGAGAACUUUCCGAAACUGGAUGAACUCUCUGGGCGUCUCUCCAAAUGUCAAUCACCUGUAUUGGGACCUGUGUGAUGGUUUGGUGAUCAUGCAGCUUUUUGAGAAGAUUAAUGUGCCGGUGAACUGGAAGAAGGUCAACAAGCGGCCUUAUCCACCUCUGGGGGCCAAUAUGAAGAAGCUGGAGAACUGUAACUACGCUGUGGAGCUGGGUAGGGAUGUCGCUCACUUCUCUCUGGUCGGCAUCGGAGGACAAAACUUGAACGAGGGCAGUUCUAUGCACACCCUGGCGCUGGUCUGGCAGCUGAUGAGGAGGUACACAGUGCAGGUUUUGUCAGAUCUGGGUGAUGGAGAGAAGGUUGGAGAUAAUAUCAUCCUCGCCUGGAUCAACACCACCUUGGGCCCAAAAAACAAGCAUGCACAUAUCAGCAGCUUCAAGGACAAACUGAUCAGCACCAGCCUGCCAGUGAUUGAGCUGAUCGACGUCAUUGCUCCCGGUACCGUCAAGUGGGACAUGGUGCGGAAACAAGAAAGGGGAAUGAUGCACAAUGACGAUAAACUCAACAACGCCAAGUACGCGGUCUCAUUGGCUCGUAAGAUCGGAGCUCGUGUCUACGCACUGCCUGACGAUUUGGUGGAAGUGAAUCCAAAGAUGGUGAUGACGCUGUUCGCCUGCCUCAUGGGCCACAGUUUGAACAAGGCCACGAUGAAAAAGACAUAAACAAACCACCGAGAUACAUUUUCCUUCUUCACGCUUUCUAUCUUUUGUCUCGUCACUGUACUUUCUUCUCUUUGACCUUUAACCAAGAAGCCUGCCUAAAGUGGAAAAUGAUUUCUCAUCAGCAAAGCCGCUGAAUGUGUUUUGUUAUCUGUGAUUUUAGAGAACAAGCUCCUAAUUGUUCUUUGCUGUAUUAUUAUAUUUAAUAGGAUAUUGCAUCUAUUUACUUCUUCUGUGAUAUGACCACAAAUGGAGGUACAGCAGAAGGAAAAGCAGAAUCAUAAAGUCUGUAAAUGUUGUGUGUUGAAUAUUGCUCUUUAAUUAUUAAAGGUAAUCUACUAAAU